GUCGGGAAUUAUUUUUUCUGGCGCGAAUAAAAAUAUUCAAAUAAAAGGUUCGUUUAACUGACAGGAAAUGUUCAAGAACGCGGAAUGAAUUCAAAUUUACUCGAGCACCAAUACAAGAACUAAUUAAGAAUUCAAAAUAAAUUCAAAUUUAGUCGAGCGUCAAUAUAAACCUCACCCUCUUGCCAAAUCAACACUCGUAUUUAAUUGAACUUCAAUAUAAACUCUAAUCAAGAACACCAACACAAACACUAAUUAAGAACUCGGAAUGCAAUUCAAAUUUAGUCCAACGGCAAUACGACCAUACUCAAACUCGGAAAUGACCUCAUUUCACUGCCACCAGCAACUUCACUCUUCUGGCAAAACCCUACCUCUCUUACCAAAUCAACGCUCGUAUUUAGUCAAACUCCAAUAUAAACACUAAUCAAGAAUGAAUUCAAAUUUAGUCGAAUGUCAAUACGAACACUACUCAAACUCGGAAAUGAGCUCAUUUCACUGCCACCAGCAACUUCACUCUUCCUGCAAAAACCCCACCUCUCUUACCAAAUCAACGCUCGUAUUUAGUCGAACUCCAAUAUAAACACUAAUCAACAACUCAUAAUGAAUUCAAAUUUAGUCGAACGGCAAUACGAACACCACUCAAGAACUCGGAAUGAGUUCAUUUCACUGCCACCAUUAAUCGAACUUCAAUAUAAACACUAAUCAAGAACACUGAACACCAACACAAUCACUAAUCAAGAACUCGGAAUGCAAUUCAAAUUUAGUCGAACGGCAAUACGAACACUACCCCAAAUUCGGAAAUGAGCUCAUUUCACUGCUACCACCACCUUCACUCUUCCUGCAAAAACCCACCUCUCUUACCAAAUCAACGCUCGCAUUUAGUCGAGCUCCAAUAUAAACACUAAUCAAGAACGAAUGAAUUCAAAUUUAGUCGAACGGCAAUACGAACACUACUCAAACUCGGAAUGACCUCAUUUCACGGCCACCAACUUCUUCUUUCUUCCUGCAAAAGCCUCACCUCUCUUACUCAAAUCCAUGCUCGUAUAAUCACUUCAGGCUAUAAUUUCAACAUUCCCAUCACAACCCACCUCAUAAAUCUUUACUCUUCCUUCAAAAAAUCCAAUUUUUCUCGCACCCUUUUCGAUUUAACACCAAACCCACCUCUAAUUCUAUGGAAUUCAAUGAUCAGAGCUUAUAUAAGAGCAAGUCAGCAUCAAGAAUCACUGAAAAUGUACAGUUUAAUGUCCGAAAAAGAGCGUAUUGAGCCGGAUAAGUAUACGUUUACAUUCGUGCUGAAAGCUUGUACAGGGUUAUCUAAUUUUGAAAAGGGUGUAAAGAUUCAUGAAGAUGUAGUGAAAAGGAAUCUUGAAAAUGAUGUCUUUAUUGGGACUGGACUUAUUGAUAUGUAUAGUAAAAUGGGUGAUUUGGUGAGUGCUUGGAAGGUGUUUGAUAAAAUGCCUGAGAGGGAUGUUGUUGUUUGGAAUGCAAUGAUUUAUGGGGUUGCACAGAGUGGAGAGGCGGUUAAGGCAGUUGAACUUUUUAAGAAAAUGCAAAUUGUUUGUGAAAUUAGUCCUAGUUCGGUUACGUUGUUGAAUUUGCUUCCUGCAGUUUGUAAAUUAAGGGAUGUGAGGGUGUGUAGGUGUAUUCAUGGUUAUGUGUAUAGGAGAGUGUUUCCGGUUUCGGUUUAUAAUGCGUUGAUUGAUGCGUACGCGAAAUGUGGUUAUGACAAUGUUGCUCGACGAGUUUUUGAUGAGUUAAGGGGGAAAGAUGAUGUUUCAUGGGGUACAAUGAUGGCAGGUUAUGCAUAUAAUGGGAAGUUUUACGAGGUUUUGGAAUUGUUUGAUUGGAUGAAGAGUUUGGGCUUGACAAUGAGUAAAGUAUCGGCUGUAAGUGCAUUGCUUGGUACUGGUGAAGCGGGUGAUUUAGAGAGAGGGAUAGAAAUUCAUGAACUUACGAUUGAAGAAAUGAUUGAUUCUGACGUUAUUAUUGCUACUUCUUUGAUGACAAUGUACGCAAAGUGUGGAGCGGUAGACAAAGCUAGAGAUCUGUUUUGGGGAAUUAAUGGAAGAGAUUUGGUUGCUUGGUCUGCAGCGAUAGCUGCUUUCGCACAAUCAGGAUGUCCUCAAGAGGCGCUUUCUCUGUUUCGAGAUAUGCAGAAUGAGUACUCACAGCCAAAUAGCAUUACUUUAGUCAGCGUAAUCCCAGCCUGCGCAGAGCUAAGGGCAGUGAGAUUAGGAAAGAGUGUCCAUUGUCAUGCCAUCAAAGCCGGUAUGGAUUCUGAUAUUUCAACGGGAACUGCAUUGGUUUCCAUGUAUGCUAAGUGCAACCUGUUUAGUUCUGCACUUAAUCUGUUCAAUAAGAUGCCACUGAUUGAGGUAGUGACAUGGAAUGCUCUGAUAAAUAGGUAUGCCCAGAUAGGUGACUGUUAUAACGCAUUAAAAAUGUUUUGCCGAUUAAUAUUAGCUGGAUUUUGCCCAGAUCCAGGAACAAUGGUUGGUGUGCUUCCAGCUUGUGCUUCCCUGGAUGAUGUACGCUUGGGAAUGUGCCUUCAUUGUCAAAUUAUCAGAUACGGGUUUGAGUCAGACUGUCAUGUGAUGAAUGCUCUAAUUGACAUGUAUGCCAAAUGUGGAAGUUUAUCAUCGGCUGAGUUCAUGUUCAACAAAACCGAGUUCUCUAAGGAUGAGGUGUCCUGGAACACAAUGAUCGCAGGAUACAUGCAUAACGGACUUGCCAAGGAAGCCCUUUCUGCAUUCCAUUCCAUGAAAUUUGGAUCGUUUCAGCCCAAUGUCGUCACAAUAGCGAGCAUCCUGCCUGCCGUGUCACAUUUGACGUACUUGAGAGAGGGCAUGACUAUACAUGCCUAUAUAAUCAAGAGUGGCUUUCAGUCCCAUAAGCAUGUUGCCAACAGUCUUAUCGAUAUGUAUGCCAAAUGUGGUCAACUUGACCUUUCGGAGCGUGUAUUUGAGGAGAUGGAGAACACUGACAGCGUUUCUUGGAAUGCUUUACUUACAGCGUAUUCUAUGCAUGGGGAAGGUGAUCAUGCUCUUUCAGUCUUCUCUCUAAUGGAGAAGAGAGACGUCGAGGUUGAUUCUAUAUCCUUCCUUAGUGUCUUGUCUGCAUGCAGACAUGAAGGCUUGGUUGAAGAAGGAAGGAAAAUUUUCCACCGCAUGCGCGACAAAUAUCACAUCGAACCUAAUGUGGAACACUAUGCCUGUCUGGUAGACUUGUUAGGACGUGCUGGCUUGUUUAGUGAAAUUAUGGAUCUACUUAAGACGAUGCCUAUGGAACCAGAUGGUGGAGUUUGGGGAGCGUUGCUGGAUGCAUCGAGAAUGCAUUCUAAUAUCGAGAUAGCAGAGGUUGCCUUGAAGCAUCUUGUCAAAAUCGAGCAAGGAAAUCCAGCUCAUUAUGUGGUAUUGUCAAGUUUAUAUUCUCAAUCUGGUAGGUGGAAUGAUGCCGUUCAUACUAGAGUAAAGAUGAACGACAUUGGAUUGAGAAAGAAUCCAGGAUAUAGUCGGGUUGAGGUGAAGUAGCCAAUUACGCGACAUGAUUUUGUAUAGGUGCGUGCAAUAGAGAUAGCCAUCGGUGAAGAAUCUAUGGGACACUGGGCUAACAAGUCACCGUGUAGCAGUUACACAACGAUGGUCUGCAGGAAAAAACUUAUGAAUCUCGCGGACAAGGUUCUUAUUGAGCAAGGUCGUAAAGAAGUAAUGUUAUGACCACGCCCAGCUGAUUGGCCCUCGACAACUAAUACAGUCCGCAGCUAAUGUCAUUAUUCCUUCAGAAGCUGAAAAUGUGAGGCGGAGCAAGGAGAUGCAGACCAACAACUUUUUGGUUUUCCACAUUAGGGUCAAAGCGUUUCCUAACAAAGGUAACUCCAUAUCUGAACUUGAACUCGAGACCUCUGAUUUAAGAACGAAGGAAUAGUUUUUAUUCCACUACUACUCUUGUCUUUUAUCUCCCUCCCUAACAAUGUAUAGUUUGGGUUCGUUUAUAUCAAUUGAGUCUCUUCUUAUCGA